AAAAACAGAGAGAGAGAGAGAGAGAGUUUUGUUGGGGUGAGAGGGCAUUGCUUGUUCAGUUCAGAUGUCAUAUUGUUGGUACGCUUUGGCGAGCAACGCUCUUCCAAUGUCACAGGCACAACACAGUUGGCAAUCCAAACCCUUGUUUCAGCACUUGCACUUUCUCUCUUCACAAUCACAAUUGCAUGCUGCUACUAUUAGUAUCGCUAUCACUGGCCUCCUCAGGUUUCCUCCCGCUUCUUGUUCACGGGUUCAGGAAAUGUCCGUAGUCGAUCCAUCCUCAUCCUCAUCCUCAGCCUCACAAGAUGAACAGGAAAGCAUGAUGAACAACUACUACAAAAGUCCAAGUCCAAAUCCCAACGAUGAUAUUGAUGAGCAAGAUGAUGAAGAAGUGGGAAUUUCUAAAAUACAAGUGCCCAGACAGAAACACAUCCCUGUUUCCAAGUCCCAACUUCUCGAUGCCAUCCUCUCUCUCAUGUUCAACCAAGACCAAGAUGAUGCCCAUCACUUUCGCCUUCUCACCUCAUGCUUGGACUCUAUACUUCAUGCUGAGCAUAAAACUAUCUUAGAGGAGAUGCGUUCCGAUUAUCACCUUACCAAUUCACUCCAAACUGAGGGUGAGGGCUCCGUCAUUCAGAAUCCACCAGAUUCCGAGAAACAAGUCGUGGCGAAUGGGAUGGACUCCGAUUUGGUUAGAAAUGACAUCCUUGGAGUUGAGGACGGGAAGGUCUAUCAGGAUGUGCAGGUUCAACUGGAAAAUCCUAUGCUUUCCAACCGUGGUUUGGACCUGAGGAGUCUUUUACGUUCUCUGGACAUGACAGGCAAGAAAGAUUAUGAUAGGGGUUCCAGUGUUACUAUUGCUACUCGUUUCCAACGUGCUUUCAUGCAGCUUCUUUCUGACGCGCAAUUCGAAGAACUAUCAGCUAGGGAUCUGAUGUUAACAUCUGCAUUGAACACAGACUAUCUUCUUACCUUGCCAAUAUAUGUUGAUUGGAAGAGAGAAUAUGAGUCUAAUGCCAUAAUAUUUAGGCGGGGUUAUGCAACUGAGAAGCAGAAAGGCCUACUAAUUGUUGAAAAACUGGAUUACUUACAGUCUAAGCUUCUACGAAAAAUCUUCUCUGUUAUAUCAAAACCACUAGCAAAACUUGGGACCUGGAUUAGCAAGCUUUAUGAAAAUGCCGGUCAGAAACAAGAAGUACAAAAUUGGACAGAAAGAUUGAGGCUUUGGCUAAAGGAACUGUCAGUAUUUCAGAAAUCAUUACUUUAUAAUGACCAUGCUUCAGAUGAGAAAAUAGAUGUAAACCAAGUACAAAAUGCAGAACUCCCUAUUUGGCUGGCAGCUCAGAGGGCAGUAUCUCUGUAUGAAGGGAUUUUGUCGCCAGUUGGUCCCCGUGAAAGGCUCUUAAGGAGAUUGCUUUCUUGGAUUGGACUUAUUCCCCCUAUCCCAGAGACACCUUUUGAGGUUGACAAUAAUAGUAACGCUCCUGAACCUUACUUAAGGCCUACUUUUCUAUCAAGGAUAUCACUAAGUGAUAUAUGGAGACCUGCAACAAGGAAAUACUGUGGAAACAAUCCUUGGAAAAUGUUGAAAACUUCCAUUUCUAUACUUUUCUCACAGUCAGUCCUGCAGGAGCCAGCAUUUGAAGAAUUAAUUCUACUUUAUACCAAAGAAGUUAGUGAAACAAACGCUAAAGAUAAAGCUGAGGUUCCAUCAUUGCAAUUAAAGAUCUAUGAGAGAAUUCCUUUUCCAGAUCUACCGGUAAUUUUUCCUCACAAAAAGCUAUCAUUCCGCAUCAUAGACACAGUUCGCUUGGAUGUUGCCACAAUUUUGGGACUUCUGGCAUACUUCAUAAACUACAAAUUUGAGAAUGUCUUAUCUUCCCCGUCAGCAGUACUACUUGAUGUAGUUGCCAUAAGUGCUCUAAUAAUAUAUGGGAGUCGUGUAGUUCUAGGAUACAAACAGACAUGGGAUCGGUAUCAGCUGUUAGUCAACAAGACACUUUAUGAAAAAACUAUAGCAAGUGGCUUUGGCUCAGUACAUUUUCUUCUUGAUGCUUCUGAACAGCAGCUAUACAAGGAAGCUAUUUUGGCUUAUGCCGUCCUACUCAAAGCAGAGAAGGGUCAGGUCACUUCUCGACAAAGUGUUGGAGAGAAAUGUGAGAGAUUCAUGUAUGAAAUGUUUAAAAUAAAGGUUGAAAUGCCAAUUGACAAGGCACUCAAUACAUUAUUAAGGCUGAGCCUAGCAACUGAAACUUGUAUUGAUGGAGAGCGUGGAUUACUGGCUGUACCUUGUCCUAAGGCUUAUGAGGCCCUUAAAGAACGAUGGAAUAGUUUGCUUAGUUAAAAUGUAAAGGAUGCACCUUCCAUUGUGUACUACAAACGACCUAUACAGUUUACCCAAUAAAGGCUCUGUAUAUAGAAUAUAAUCCCAAUAUGGCCUCUGAUAAUAGUUUUGUAGGUAGAUGAGAGUAGGCAUUAUUCAUGCUACACUGUAAUUUUGUAGAACGAAGUAUAAUUUUUUUCUCACCGGUUCCAUAAAUGAACACAAGCUAUUAUUGCAGCGGCCUAGAAAAUGACCAUUUUACCUCGCUGCAAAAGAGAAAUCAAAGCACAAAAUAAAUCAUUAAAUUUGAGGGGAAUUAUAGAA